AUGAACAAGCAUGCCAAACUCCUUUUCCUCGGACUUGACAAUGCAGGAAAGACCACGCUGCUGCACAUGCUCAAGAACGACAGGGUCGCUGUCCUCCAGCCGACCCUCCACCCCACCUCCGAGGAGCUCUCGAUAGGAAACGUCAAGUUCACAACCUUCGAUCUUGGAGGUCACGCACAAGCCCGACGACUUUGGCGCGAUUACUUCCCCGAAGUUUCCGGUAUCGUCUUCCUCGUCGACGCCAAAGACCACGAGCGUCUCUCCGAAUCGAAAGCCGAGCUCGAUGCUCUUCUCGCUAUGGAGGAGUUGAAGAACACCCCCUUCGUCAUUCUCGGAAACAAGAUUGACCACCCAGACGCCAUCUCCGAGGACCAGCUCCGUUCAGCACUCGGCCUAUACCAGACAACCGGCAAGGGCAAAGUACCACUCGAGGGUAUCCGACCGGUCGAGGUUUUCAUGUGCAGUGUGGUUAUGAGGCAGGGUUACGGAGAGGGUAUCAGGUGGUUGAGCCAGUACGUCUAG